UACACUCAUUGCUUUCCUUUCAAGUCAGGCUCUCUCUCUCUCUCUCUCUCUCUUCCCGUUGAAGCCUUUGUCAACCUGGUGGUUUUGAGUAUAUAGAUUGCUUUGAAAUCUGAAUGCUGGGUGGUUUCAGAUUGGCUUGAAUUGUGCUUUUGCUUUUGCUUUUGAAGCUUGCGACUUUAAGUUUGAUAUUGUACCAGAACCGAAGAUCUUUCAAUAUAGCAUGGAAAAUAUAGUGCUGCGCUUUGGAAAUAAGGUUUCGAGGGAUAAUUUUUCUGUGCUCUGGAAGCAGGAAGGUGUGUCCGGGAAAUUUGAUUUCGAGAUGGAAAGAUUGUCUCUUUCUUUUAAAGAUCGUUCCGCAAAGCACAAGUUUGAAAUCUCUUUUGAGAACAUUUGGACGAUUGAGCUAUAUCGUCCACGCGGUCAAGCAACAAAGUUUCUUCUCGUUCAGUUACUUGGUGCUCCAAGAAUAUAUGUAUCUGAUGUUCGUCGUAAAGGAUGGGUCAGAGAAGUUGAUUUCACUCCAUCCAGCCGCAUUGGCCAAUCUUAUGCUCUAUGUUUGGAGCUUCCAGAAAAGAAGCGGCUUCCGGAAUUAAAUCUUGCUUUUGUACAUUAUAAAGAAAAUGAAGACCAAUUUGGAUUGAUGGAAGGCUCUCCUUACUCAUGCAGUUCAGGUCUUGUACCCAUUGUGAAUCCACCCACAGGCUUUGACCUGCCCUACAAAAUCUUGUUUAAGAUCAACUCUUUGAUUCAUCAUGGGUGUGUUCCUGGGCCCGCAAUUGUUGACGAAUUUUAUAGGUUGGUAGAUCCAAAGAGAAUCGAAAAAAGGGAGUACAUAGACAGAGCCCUGUACAAGCUCUUUCAUUUAAAGGACUGCUGCUUUGAACCUGUGAAAUGGCUCCAGGAGGAGUACAAAAGAUACUCAACAUCUACUCGAUUUCAACCAACUCCUGCUAUUUCUUUAGAUAAUGGGCUGGUAUAUAUACACAGGGUUCAAAUUACUCCAUCUAAAGUAUACUUCGGUGGUCCAGAGGUGAAUCUCUCCAACAGAGUCUUGCGCCAUUAUCCUGAAGAUAUUGAUAAUUUCCUGCGUGUUUCUUUUGUCGAUGAGGACUUUGAUAAAGUGUACUCAAUAGCUUUAUCUCCACGUUCAUCAUCUGCAAAUGAGGACAAGCGGACUAGAGUUUAUGAUAGGAUACUAUCCACUCUCAGAAAAGGAAUAGUUAUUGGGGAUAAGAAGUUUGAGUUUCUUGCCUAUUCAUCCAGUCAACUACGAGAAAAUUCUGUUUGGAUGUUUGCUUCAAGACCUGGCUUGACUGCAGCAGAUAUUAGAGAAUGGAUGGGUGAUUUUCGAGAUAUAAGGAAUGUGGCAAAAUAUGGUGCCAGACUGGGUCAGUCUUUUGGCUCUUCUAGAGAAACUGCCAGCAUUGGCAUAGAUGAAAUUGAAGUUAUUCCUGAUGUGGAAGUUAAGACGAAAGAAGCCACGUACAAUUUCUCAGAUGGCAUUGGGAAGAUUUCUAAAAAAUUGGCUUCCGAAGUGGCAACAAAGUUAGGCUGCAGUCCUGUUCCAUCAGCAUUUCAGAUUCGAUAUGGUGGGUACAAAGGUGUUGUGGCUGUUGAUCCUACAUCAUCUGUGAAGUUGUCAUUGAGAAAGAGCAUGUGUAAAUACAAAUCAGAUAACACAAAACUCGAUGUUUUGUCAUGGAGUAAGUUUCAUCCCUGUAUUCUCAAUCGGGAGAUAGUAACUCUUUUGUCUAACCUUGGGGUUAAGGAUCGAGCUUUUCGAAAAAGGCAAAGGCUGGCUAUAAAUCAACUGAAUGCAAUAUUAACGGAUCGUUGGAGUGCACAGAAGGCACUGGAAAUGAUGUUCUUAGGAGAGAUCUCAAAAGUUCUAAAGGAAAUGCUUAUGUGUGGUUACAAGCCAGAUGCAGAACCAUUUCUUUCAAUGAUGCUUCAAACAUUCCGUGCAUAUAUGUUGAAGGAAAUGCAGUCAAGAACAAGGAUUUUUGUUCCAAAUGGAAGAACUUUGAUGGGAUGCCUUGAUGAAACCAGGACAUUGGAGUAUGGUCAAAUAUUUCUGCAAGUUUCUCGCUUUCGUUGGGAGUUCAGGAACCAGUCAUCUGUUAGGCACAGUUCAAACCCAGAUAACUUCGUCUGUGAAGGUCCGGUGGUCGUUGCUAAAAACCCUUGUCUACACCCUGGAGAUGUGAGAGUCCUCGUAGCUGUGAACGUGCCAGCUCUACAUCACAUGGUGGAUUGCGUUGUUUUUCCACAAAAGGGAGAGAGACCACAUCCAAACGAAUGUUCGGGAAGUGAUUUGGACGGAGAUUUGUACUUCGUCUCUUGGGAUCGUCAUCUUAUUCCUCCUCGUCAAAUUCCCCCAACAGAAUAUAUUGCAGCACCAACUAAGCAAGUUGAUCAUGAUGUUACAAUAGAGGAAGUAGAAGAACAUUUCACAGACUACAUAGUCAACGACAAUUUAGGAAUCAUCGAUAAUGCCCACAUCGUCUUUGCAGAUAGUAAGCCCCUUAAAGCAAUGAGCCCAGAAUGUUUGCAACUUGCGAGGCUUCACUCAAUUGCUGUUGACUUUCCAAAAACUGGUAAUGUAGCCGAAGUACCUCCGGAACUACGCCCCAAAGAGUAUCCCGAUUUUAUGGAAAAGCCUGAUAAAAAGGGCUACAUAUCAACAUCUGUUAUCGGAAAGCUUUUUCGAGAAGUGAAAGACAUUGCAUCUUCCACAAGUCCUGUGGAACCUUUCACUUUGGAUUCAGCUAAACAGCAUUAUGACCCUGAAAUGGAAGUGGAGGGCUUUGAGGACUACCGCAGCGACGCUGAAAGAUACAAACGUGACUAUGAUUACAAGUUGGGGAAUAUGAUGGAGUAUUAUGGAAUCCAAACUGAAGCCGAAAUUCUCAGUGGCAAUGUUUUGAAAAUGUCAAAACAUUUUGAUAGGAAGAGGGAUCUGGAUGCAAUUAAAUAUGCUGUAAAGUCACUAAUAAUGGAAGCCCGGAACUGGUUCAACAAGAGAAGUGAUGCAGACAGUACUGAUAAUGCAAAGGCAAAAGCAUCGGCCUGGUAUCAUGUCACCUACCAUCCUAGUUACUGGGGUAUAUACAAUGAGGGACUAGAUAGGGCUCAUUUCCUUAGUUUUGCAUGGUGCGUCUAUGAGCAUCUUAUGCAAAUCAAGAAGGAUAAAAAGAGCAUAUAAUUUCUUCACAAGUACUACAGCCGUCGUCAAUGAUUGCAUUUCUUGAAGCAACUUAUGUAUAUUUGAUAGCAGUUUGAUAUGAUUAGUAUUGUAAGUUUGUGUACUGUUAUUGGUAUUUGCUUGUAAAUGCUCCAGACAGAUGUUUGGAGCUUGAGAAUAUGUAUUAGUUUAUAUUGUAUUUGAAUAGAUUUAUGGUUUUGUAAGAUUCUGCAAUAUAUUACAAUUUGUUUGGAAUGUA